AUGGCCGCCCAAGUUGCUACUGCAAAACACAAUGUAGCGACAACAUUAAACUACUGGGAUGACCCCGGCGAUGGAUCUAAACCGACCCCUAUUUUCAUCGGCAAGGGCAGAAUCAGCAACAAACGGCCGCACAAGGCCUGGGAUUUUGUCGUCUCCGACAUCAGCGGCGAUGAGGACCAGUACACGCUCGACAGCCAUGGAUUCCAAUACUGCCAGAGCCCAAGCGACGAGACGCUCUUCACCGACGAGCAGCAGAUCAAGCAAGGCUACUACGCCGAAUGCGAAGCGCUGAUUAAAAAGAUCACGGGCGCUCGCAGCGUGCACAUCUUCAACCACAAGGUGCGCCGGGGCCCGACGCAAUGGCACCAUCUCGGCCUGCACAACCUGGCUAACCGCGGGCCCGUCACCCGAACGCACGUGGAUCAAUCGUACGAGGGCGCCAAGCGCAGACUGCGGUGGGAGCUGCCGCAAGAGGCCGACGACAUUGUGCGGCGGCGGUACCAAAUCAUCAACGUGUGGCGGCCGAUCCAGGCCAUCCGCAAGGAUCCCAUUGCGGUCGCGGACGCGCGCUCCGUGCCGGACGAGGACCUCGUCGGGGCGGAGAUGACUGAGGACGGCUUCGUCGGCGAGUCGUGGGUCGUGCGGCACAACCCGGCCCAUCAGUGGUACUACAAGCACGGCAUGACGCCGCGCGACGUGCUCCUCAUCAAGUGCUUCGACUCGGACGAGGGGGUUGCGCGGCGCGCACUUCACUCCGCCUUUGAGGACCCCCGGUACCAGGACUGCGAGUCUCGUCAGAGCAUAGAGGUUCGCUGCCUCGUCUGUUACUGA